CGGCAGACAAUUUGUUAAUUGACUUGAAUAUAACACUUAUACUUGUAUUGUAGUCAUAAAAAGCCUUCCAUGUGUGGUUCGUGAGGUCCCACACCACCACGACCCUAAAUAGCAUGAUAAUAAUAUUCUCACUCCUAUUUCAUAUUCAUCUUGUUAGUUGUUACAGUGACUUUCAAACUUUGAAUUAAUAAAAUUGUAACUUUUGAACUUCCAACUAAUUUCUUACCUUCGUUAUAUAUAGCUUUUCAUAUUCCAUAUUCUUCUACAGUGUUCCAAAAACAACUAUAAAAAGGGUUCAAACCCAACCCUUGAAAACCCCCAUAAGUACCACAUUAAUUCCUCCAAAACUAACCACCCCAAAACAAAAACCAACUUUAUAGAGAGCUAUUUCCAACUCAAACAAUGGCUGCCAAAUUUUUCUUGAAAGCCCUCUCAAUCAUCGCUCUUACUUUUGCUCUUUGCCUUCAAGGCACCUUAGGAGGAGUAACAUGCGAGGAGCUAGAACAAGAUACAUGCGCAUUCGCAGUGUCAUCAGUGGGGAAACGGUGCGUUUUGGAGAAGCACGUGAAAAGGAGUGGUGAGGAAGCGUACACGUGUCGUACAUCAGAUAUAGAAGCAGACAAACUGAAGGACAUAAUCGAAACCGACCACUGCAUCAAAGCUUGUGGACUUGACCGUAAAACCCUUGGAAUCUCAUCCGACUCACUCCUUGAAUCUCGCUUCACUAACCAACUUUGCUCUCCUUCUUGUCACAACUCUUGUCCCAACGUUGUUGACCUUUACUUCAAUCUCGCCGCUGGGGAAGGUGUGUUUCUUCCCAAACUGUGUGAAGCACAAGCUGGAAAUGACGGUCGUCGAGGAAUGGCUGAGAUCAAAAGCUCAGGUUUUGUGGUUGCCCAAGGACCGGGCGUCCAACCUGCCAGGCUAAUUGCAGCUACUGCACCAAUCAUUAGCCCAGCUCUCCCACCUUACUGAUUUUCCUUAAUACAUACCAAUAUGUUAUAAGAAUUUAUAUUAUUACUUUCUAGUAUUAUAUACUCAAAAUCCUCUCUAUAUAUAAUAUAUAAUAUAUAUGUGUGUGAUCAGAAGUGGCACCAAGUUAGCUAGGUUUUAUUCAACAGCCGGAUUUGAAUUCACUAUCCACUCACUCAAUCUUCUUGGAUGGUGUAUUCAAUUCAUGUGCGGAGUGAGUCUAUCAAAUUUAUAAGGUGUAACUUCAUUAUUAAUGAAAAAAAAAUGGUAUAUAUUACUACUACGACUCCUUUCGAAAAAUUAUGCUUUGAGUUUGAGUAGUUUUUCUUGUAUUGAAGUGGAGUAGUGAAAUUGUACGAUUGUUCUCCCCAAACUAUCAACUAUGUAUUAUUUUGCCUUUUAAUUUUUCAGCCGAUAAAAAGUAAUUCCCAAAUAAUUACAAGUGUUGUAAAUUGGUACUUCUUUAUGAGUGUUUAGUAAUUUGCCACA